UGCUGACUAUCGUAGGUGCCGGCGGCGUUGUAGUUUUCAGUUAUGUAUCUUACUUUCAUGGUUAUCGAUUAAACUUUAUAUACAAUAUUUGAAAUACAUAUAGCGUUUUCUGAUUUAGUACUUUGUAAUCUGGAAAAAUAUUUAGUCAUUUUUCUGCUUAUAAAACAAACUUUUGUGUACAUUCUAUUAACUUUGAAAAUUUUUGAACGAUUUCUUUAUUCAUCAUUUUUUAAGUCACGAAGAGAUAGAAACUUUCAUAAAACAUGGCAUCAGCAAGACCAAGACGUGCCAAUGCUGGCAAUAAAAUGGCAAGACUCCUUAACGAGGAGGAAGAAGAUGAAUUUUACAAAACUACUUAUGGAGGUUUUGAGGAAACAGAGCAAGAUCAAGAUUACAAGCAAGAAGUGGAAGUGGAAGAUGAAGUCGAUUCAGAUUUUAGCAUUGAUGAAAAUGAUGAACCAGUGUCAGAUCAAGAAAUUGAUGAAAAGAAGAGGAAAAAAGGUGUAUUCACUAAAGCAUAUAAGGAACCAGCCAAGCCUUCUUAUUCAAAACCAAAACCAGUUUUAGUUAAAAGGAGAAAACCAAAAAUACAGAAAAUAGCAAGGAUUUACGUUGAUCCUAUGGAGAAGAGAUCUAUCAGGCACUCAACUACUGCCAAAUCAACAGCUACAUUGAAAAGACUAAAAGAAAGAACUGAAGAUCAGAGGAAGCGAGUUAAAUUAAUUAGGUAUGAUGAUUAUAAGCCCACACAAGAAGAGCUGCUAGAAGAAGCACGUCUUACGGAAGAAAUUAAUUUGAAAUCAUUAGAAAAAUAUCAAAGGCUAGAGAACGAAAAGAAAAAUACCAGAGUAAUUCGCAAAACAAAUAUAGGACCUAUGAUAAAGUAUCAAUCAUUUUCUAUGCCAGUAUUAAAAUUAUCAAUUUCAAAGAAAGAAAAAAAAUCUGAAUCUAGAUCAGACAGUAAUAAAACAUCAGAAUCAGCUGAAAAAUCAACAGAUGCCAAUGAAAAUAAUUCAAACGGUGAAGAUAAAACAAAAGAUACAAGUGAAGAAGUAAAAGAGACUAAUAUUGAAUGUAUAGAAACAAAUAGUUAUUAUGAAAGGACCUUUGUUACAUUUGAGAAUAUGCAGCAAUUUAAUCAAAUUUUCAAAAAGAAAUCUACUCCAAGGCCUACUUUACGAACGCUAUGUGCCAUUACAAGAUUUCCAGCAAAGUAUCGAGAUCCUAUGACUCACUUACCAUACAGAAACGUGCAGACGUUUCGCUUGCUAAGAGAUGCUUAUUAUCAUCAAGUAGAAGCUACCUCAGAUAUCAAUGAUUCAGAAAUAUCUCCAGAACUAGCUCGUUGGUUAGAGUAUAGACAGAAAAAUAAUCAAGGAAUUCAGAGAAGUACAGUACGUCUGGAAGCUGCAUCUGCUUCUUCUACUCUAUAAUUUAUAGUUUUUAAGUACUAGACUAAAAUGUUGUACUACAUAUUCAAAAAAUUAAGUAUAAUUUGAAUUGUAUACAUUUGUAAAUAACGGUAGCGUUCAAUACUGUGAUGUUUGUUGUCUGAGAGAAUGAUUUUCAUAUAAAGUAUUUACAUCUUUUUAUGCACAUAAAAGUUUACAUUUUCUUAAAAGGGUUAGAUUAAAUUAUCAAGCAGCAAACAAUAUCAAAAACUCAAGUAUUUAUAAAAGAGGAUUGUAUUUAUUUGUUUUUCUUUUAUUAAAUAUAACUAUUUAUUUUUUCAUUAAAGGAUAGUAUCCAAUAUAGUAAAUAAAAUUUUCAUAAAAAUAAACUAAAUUAUUCCAUCUAUCACGAAAUACUAUAAAACAAAAAGAUUUGCAAUUUCUUUCACAGCAAUAUUUCAUAACAAAAUAUUCUUAAAUUGGUGAUAUUGUAUGCGAAACCUUGUGUAGUCUUAACAAAACAAAUUGACGAUAAAUAAGUAAAAAAUACA